AUGGCUGUAGUUGAUGCUAAUCUUAGUUUUAUUUGUAUUGAUGUUGGAGCUUACGGUAGGGAAUCAGAUUCUACUGUAUUUAAACAAUGCACAUUUGGUAAAAAAUUGUUUGCUCAACAACUAAAUUUACCAAAACCGACAUACUUGCCUAAUUCAGAAAGUUCUCCGUUGCCAUAUGUGUUUUUGGCUGAUGAGGCUUUUAGUUUACAUACAAAUUUGUUGAGACCAUAUCCUGGACGAGGUUUAAAUGAUAAGCGGCGCGUAUUUAACUACAGGCUCUCAAGAGCACGAAGAACAGUCGAGUGUGCAUUUGGGGUAUUAUCCAACAAAUGGAGAGUAUUACACACUCCUUUAUUAGUGGAACCAGAUUUUGCCGAUGAAAUAAUAAAAGCUUGUUGCAUUUUACAUAAUUAUGUUCGCCAAAGGGACGGAGCUAGUUACGAUGAUAUGGAGUCAAAUUUGUUGGUUGAUGACUUAGAAAUUCGAGGAGCUCCAGCAAGAGCACAAGGAAUAGAGAUUAGAGAUGCAUAA